GAUGGCCAAUGCAUACACGUACGAUGAGGAAGCCACGGCUGCUCAAAUUGCCACCGGCUACGCAAACCUCAUUAUCAACUCAACGCUGUCUGACUACGUUGGACCGAAAUACGACCCACAACCAUAUUUACUAAGCCUUGAAGAAUUGUUUGAGUUGGAAGUUAUCGCUGAUUCCGUAUACUACAUAAUUAACGGCAAGUACCAACGUUGGUUGGUGUUACCGGAAGGGCCGAUCUUACGUUAUAACCUGAAAUUCCUUGAAUGGGAGGCUCCUCGGCUUACCCAUGGAAAUUUUCGGCCCUUUACUGAGACUACUGAAGUGAUUGAAACAUACCCGGUGAACGCGGAUAGAGAUAAGCUCUUGGUGGCUUAUUUGGAAGGGGGGCGAAUGAGCCAGGAGGAGAUGGAAUACCUGGUAAGCCUAUUGAAGCGCACUCGCUUUAUAGGCUCAUCGAUGACACUUACCCGUAUCGUAUUGACAUUAGAAAAAUUCAGGUCAAAUGUGUAUAGACCCGAAGGUGGACCAGUUCCUCCAUUGUUAUACAGCCGGGAAGAUAUGAGGUACCAUGACGGAAUGGGGUGUCAAAUGCGCAUGACUAAGGGAAUUUCCCGGAAGACCUCCCCCUUGAGGAGUGUUAGACACUUUUUGAGAUACCAAGGCUGGGUGAUUAUCUUGUGUGUUGCGUGUAUGGGUGCUGCUAGCGGUGGUACUUAUUACUAUACAUCUAGAAGGAUGAACCAGAACUUUGGAUCUAUCAAUAUCUAGGGGUUUUGUAUUAGUGUUUUACAGAGGAUCCUGUUGAGGUAUCACUUUUUUAUUUGAUGGAUCUUAGCUUAUAACUAUUAUUUAUCCUUUGUGUGAUAUAUCAAUGUAAACGAUACCUAUCAGGAGAU